AUGCAGAUGAGAUGUAAUUAAGCUGACCAUCAAAAUCAAACUAUAGUUGGAGUUUGCAUAGAUAAUACAUGCCCAAAUUUAAGACCCUAUUGUAAUUUUUGCUUGCCUCUCCAUUCCAAACAUCCUCAUAUGUUAACCCCUUUGGAUCUUAUAACUGAAUGGAUUUAGGAAAGAAUCCCUUAGGUUCUUAAUGUCUAGAACAAUUUAUAGGAGUUGAAGGUUUCUCUUGAAAAUCUUCUGAAUCAGUUCUCUCCUUAUUUUGACUUUAAUAUUGAUUAAAUACCUAUUUUAGGAUUAUAUCAGAUGGAUAAAUUAGUGAAAGGUUUAAGUUUAAUAGAAGAAUGCGAUAAAAUACUAUUUAAGCAACUUAAUCAAUCAAUUCAAUAAGUAAAAUAGAUUGUUACCGAAAUACUAAAAACAUUAGAGAAUCAAACUAACACACAAUGUAUUGCAUAAAUUCCAUGCGAUUUAGAAAAAUUAAAAUCAAAUAUUAGCCCUAUCACAUAUGAAUUCGUGAAUAACAAUUCCAUUACACAACAAGAAUGUUGUUUAGCAGUUGCUUUUAAUAAAGAUUGCUCAAUGGUAGCAGCUGGAUGUGAAGAUUUAAUAAAACUCUACGAAUUCAAAGAAGGAAUGCUGAAAUAGAUACAACUCUUAAGUCAACAUUAAGAAGAUGUGAGCACUUUAUAUUUCAUGAAACACUCAAAUUAGCUUUUAUCUGGAGAUACUACCGGAACUAUUUUGAUUUGGUCAAGCAAUAAUAAUAAUUAAUGGAAUUGUUCAUUAACACUUAAACAGCACAAAAGUGGUAUAAAUUGCUUAAUUAUGAAUAAUAAUGAAGACAUUAUUAUCUCCAGUAGUAAUGAUAAGACUAUUAAGUUUUGGAUGAAAUAAAAUGAAUGGAUCUGUUAAUAAACAAUAAAUGAACAUAAACAUUAGGUUUAUUAAUUAAGCUUAAAUGAUAAAUAAAAUAAAGUUAUUUCAUGUGGAUGGGAUCAAUUAAUCUUAGUAAUUGAGUAUUCAGAAUAGGAUAAAUAGUGGAUGAUAAUAUAAAGAAUUCAAGUGGAUUGCUAAGGAUUGAGAAUAUAUUUUAUCAAUGAUAAUCUGUUCACAUUUCAACCAAAGAAAGGCAAUUUGAUGCAUAUCUAUGAAAUGAAUGAUGAAAGUAAAUAGUUUACUCAAACUAAACAUAUUACUGUUAAUCAAGGUGAUGACGGUUAUGUAUUUUUCCCAUAAUAGUAUAUAAAAUCGAAAUAGUUACUUGUGAGUAAGCAUGAUAAGUAGAUCAAUUUAAUAAGAAAGAUAGAUAAUGAUCAAUUUAAUGUGGAAUAAACUCUUGAAUUUGGUAGUAAUCAAUUAUUUGGGAAUAUGAGUGAUGAUGGAGAGUAUUUGAUUACUUGGGAGUUUUAAACUUAGACAAUAUAAAUUAGGAGAUCCAUACAAGAAUGA